AUGAACAAAGGGAAUAGCAAUAAUAAGAUAAUUCAACAAGCUCAAUAUUUAACAUUUCAAAAAAAAUUAAUAAGGAUUGGUUCAGAUAAAUCAAAGAAUGAAAAUGAAAUAGAUAUAAAGAUAACAUUAAUAAAAUUAAAGAAACCACAUCAACAACAACAACCCCAAAUUGAAAAUAAUAGUUUUUCAAAAAGUGUUAAUAAAAAAGGUUAUUUUGAAAUUGUUGGGUUUGAAAAAGGGGUAGAUCAUAAAAUAUUAUCAAAUUCAAUUGAUUUCAAGGGAGAGACUGAUAAAUUUCAAUAUAUAUCAUCAUGCUCAAUCAUUGAUGAUACAAUUCAAAAUCAAUAUUUUAUAUAUCUAUUAAUACAAGUUGAAUCUUUAAUACCAACCACACUAAAAUAUAUUUUCGGUUAUUUAGAUUCAAAUUAUAAAUUUAAUAUUAUACAUAGAUUCAAUAUACCAUCAUCAUCAUCAUCAUCAACAGCAACAACAACAACUAAACUCACAUAUAAAAUAUUAGAUGGUCCAAAUAUUAUCAUUCAUAAUAGUAAUAAUAAUAUAUUUUAUGUUCAAAGUAUUGAUAAAGAAUCAUAUAAUUUUAAUGAUUAUGAACCACAACAGCAGCAACAACAACAACAACAACUAGUAUAUAAAUGGAUAUCAUUUGAACAUCAAUCAAUACCAGAUUCAAAACCAGUAUCUUUCGCAACAUUAUCAACAAAUAUAAAUUUAAAUAAUAAUAAUAAUAAUAAUAAUAAUAAUAAUAAUAAUAAUAAUUUAUUUUUAGAUGAAACUAUUAAUCAACAAUAUGAAAUACCAUAUGUAAUAACAUAUUCACAUGAACCAACAUCAAUUUUUAAUAAGACAAUAUUAAAUCAACCAUCAAUUAAAAGUACAAGUCCAGAAUUAAAAAAGAAUAUAAAUAAGAUUAAAAGUUUAUCAUUGAAUAUAAUUUUAAAUAAUUUAUAUUCAAAUAAAGAAAUUAAUCGUCAAGGUGAAUUUCAUAUACUUAAAUCAAUUAAUGAUUCAACCAAUUCAUAUACAAUUCAAUUAGAGAAAUCCAUUUUAAUAUUUAGAGAUAAUGAUAAUGAUAAUACCGAUAGUUAUAAACCAAUUUGGGAAAUUGAAUUACCAAAGAAACCUUUAAAUAUUUAUUUCACAUCAUUACCAUCGUUGUUAAUUUUUGAUAAUAAUUUUGAUAAUAAUAUUGAUACUAAAAAUAAAACUAAAGAAGAUAUUGAAAUAUUUAAAUGGUCACAAGGUUGUUUGGUUGUAAAUUAUCAAAAAGAGGAUAAAUUAGUACAAGUUUAUUCAAUGGCAACAAAAGAAUUAUUAAAUGAAUCAACCAAUGUUUCAGAGAUGUGGAUACAUGAUUUCUUAUCAUAUGGGUUCGAUCAAUUAUUAAUUCGUCAUAUGAAAGAUGAUAAAACAGAUAAGAAAAUCGUUUUAUCAAUGAUACCUUUAAAUUUUAUUUCAUUUAAUAGACGUAUAAAAAUUGAAGAUCCUCCUACCUCUACUUCUUUAAAUACUAUUGGUGGUGUUGGUGGUGUUUGUAGUGUUGAUAUUAAAGAAACAAAGAAACCAAUUGCAUUUGAAAUUAUAAUGGAGUCAUUAGAGACAAGAUCAAAAUUAGCAAGUCAAGAAUAUAAAGAUUUAGAAAAACAAUUUAUUUCGAAAAAAGGUUUAUUAGAACAUUCUUUAAAGAUAUUAGAAUCAUUUGGUACUCCAAAAUCAUUAAAUAUAAAUAAUAUUAAUGGUUCACAAUUAAAUAAUUGGGAUUAUGAAUUUAAAUCAUUAAUUAAUAAUAAUAAUAAAGAACAACAACAACAACAACAACAACAAAAUAAACAAAGAGAAGAAAAAGAAACUAGUGAUCAAUUGGUAGUUAAUAUACAAUCGAUAGAUAUAUCAAUUAGUGGUAAUACUCUAUAUUGUAUGAUAGAAUUGAAGAAAUCAUUUAAACCAUAUACAAUUGUAUCUGUAUUCUUAACUUGUAAAGAUUUAUCAUUAAUCACUAAAACUAAAUUCACACUUUCAGAUAAUAAUCAUCCAUAUGGUAUUGAUAUUGAUAAUAAAGCAAAUUCAACAACAACAACAACAACAACAACUUUAUUAUUAGAAUCAUCUUUAGAUCCAUUAAACAUUGAUUAUAGUUUACCAAACUUGAUCAACGUUUUCAUUGAAUGGGGUUUUACAUUACCAAAAGAAAGAUCUAAAAUCUCACCAUCAAAAAAUAAUAAUAACAAUAACAAUAACAAUAAUAAUAGCAAUAAUAAUAAUAAUAAUAUAGUUUAUGAUAUUAGUUAUGGUAAUGAUAAUAUAAAUUCAACAUUUUUAUAUUCAUUUUAUUUAAAUGAUUAUAUUGGGAAACAUAAUCAAAAACAGCAACAACAUAUAUUAAAAACCUUAACAGAAAAGAAAUCAAAGAUAAAUUUCCCUUUUGAAUUGGAUUUCGUAAUAAGUGGUAUUGAUUUAUCUUUAUUGAAAACAUCAAGAAUGGUAGAGAUUUUACAAGAGUUACUUCCAAAUUCAGAUUUCAUAAUGUCAAAGAAUUUCAACCCAAUUGAUAUUAGUAGUAAUGAUGUUUCAAUGAAUGAAGAUGAUGACGAUGAUGAUGAUGAAUAUGAUGAUAAAUUAUUAACAUUCACUUCUUGUGAUGAUCCUUUUAUUAAUUUUCAAUUUAAUUUUGGUAAAAAUAAUAACAAUCAUCAAACAGCAACAACAACGACAACAACGACAACAACAACAGCUCAAUUACUAUUACAUAUAAAUUCAGUUUGUUUAUUUACAAUGAUAACAAAUAUUAAAGUUUUCAUUGAAAAAUUAAAGAGUAAAUCUGUUGUAAAUUCAAAUUUUAAUAUUAAUUUAUCAAAUAGAAAGAAUGAAAAUAAAUGGAAUUAUCAAUUAAGAAAGGAUAUAUUACAACAGUUAAAGGAUGAAAUAUACAUGAUCUCCUCAUCGAAUCUAUCAAAUGAACAUAGUUUUAACAAAAAACUUCAAAAAGAGAUUUUCUUAAAAUAUCAUCAACUAUAUCAAAAAAUUUAUCAAUCAAAAAUUGAAACACAAUCACUUCUUUAUCAUUUAGAAUUAUUAAAUAAAUUUAAUUAA